GACGGUAUUAAAUGGAGGCUGUUUGAAAUGUUGCUGCAGUUUUGUUCAAACUUAAACAUCCUCGUUGAACGUUUAAUCCAAAUGUUGCUGCAGUUUUGUUAAAACUAAAACAUCCUUGUUGAACGUAUAAUCCCACUAUUAUCAGAUAGUUAGGUCCACCAACAGCGGUCACUAUGGAAAAUGAUGUUGCUGAGCAACAGGAAGAGGAGGGUUCCUCCUCUCCAACCGGAAUACAUUUUCCUGUCAUGGACCGUAACCCGUCACCACCCCCAGACGCAGAGGAUGGAGAGGACGGAGAUGUGGAUGCCAUCGGGGACACCGUGUACAGCAAGCACUGGCUCUUCAGCACUCUCACUCACCUCAUCGAUAUGGUUAGAGAGCAUUCAGAGGUGAACUCGGAAGAUCAGAUGAACCUCUCUGAUGAUGAUGAGGAAGAUCUGUGUAGAGUCUGGGACAUGGCCAUGGAUAAGGAUGUGGCGGGUUUUCUGCAAGAAUUCAAAGCUGCCGAUAUUCUUCUUGGAGUCAUCGCCAAGUCUCGUUGUCCUCGUCUCACAGAAAUUAGCGUAGGAAUCCUUGGGAACAUUGCUUGUUUCCCUGACUCGUGUUUGUCUCUCAGCCAAAAUGAAGACUUGGGUGCUGUGCUGUUGCUGCUCCUUGGAGAUGCAGAUCCCCCCACCCUUCUGGAGACCUGCAGAUUGCUGUUGACCUGUUUGUCUCACAAAGAUGUCCAUUCCCUGUGGCUUCAGCGAAUCCGACGCCAACCUUCCGUGCGCUCCAACCUUUGCUUCGUCAUGUGCAGUUCAACCAACGUGGAUCUGCUGGAGAAGGUGGGAGACCUGGUUGACAAACUGUUUGACCUUGACGAGGAGCUGAUGAAGAGCUGGAUCACGUCUCAGCCAAGUGAGGACAAGGAGGACGAUGGGGAAGGCCAUCUGGAUUUGACUUGUUGCCUCCUCGAGGCUGCCAAGCAGCUGAGGUCAGAGAACUUGAAUGCGUUGGAGGUUUACGUUCACGUCCUCCAACUCCUCACCACUGUCGAGGAAGGCAUUCAAGUUUUUGCUGCUCCUGAUGGGCCCGGCGCAUCGGUGUGGAGCUUCGUCUGUGAAGUCGUGUGUGAGGACCUCUGCCAGCCGAAUGAUCUUCCGGUUGUCUUGCAGGAGCAGAAGAGCAUUUUGAUCCAGGCGUUUGCUGUGCUGCAGGCGCUUUACAGAUGCCGGGAUCAGUGGUGCAACAAGACUGACACAAAUUUGCCUCUUAUUGGCAGCAUUUUGCGAGUUUGCCAGUACCGCAGUGAGUGCAAACACCAUGCAACAGAUGACCAGCUGCAGACUCUGGCAGAGAUCACGACUGAGUUUUUAGCGGACGUUUGCAUCGACAUUCCCAAGGAGGCAGUUGUGGGUUUGGUAAAGGAAGGUUUCCUGACAGAGAAGACUUGUCUCACAGCUGCCGCCAGUUUACACCCUGACUUUCAAACUUCAUUUCAGCACCUCCAGGCCGCCUUGUCGGAGGCUGAUCCCCAUCUGGCAGACGUGAUGAGGACACGGCUUCCUGUCUGAGGUAGCCUGUAGAUCAGCGGUAGCCGUUAUUUCCUCUCCAGAGACCAGCUUCAUGUCGGAAUAUUUGCAUUUCCACUGGAAAAAAACCCACCAUCACUUAUGGCGGAGCUCCCCAUCCGUUUUCAUUGUGUAUCACUCUUAGCCAAGUUUCAUCAAAUGAAAGUGUAUUUAUGUUGACAGUUUUAAUAGCUUGGACUUUGACUGUGUUUUUAAUAAAAAUGAUAUGUCUUUACAAGAUUUAAUUGAGUCUACAGUGGGCGCAUGCAUCUAGAGCGAACAGCAAAACAAUGGGCUAAGAGGUGGGCUACUUCUGGACCCAAACACACACAUCUGUUAAUAAAACUAACAGCACUGUACCAGAGUCACCAACAAAGUCCUUAAUGAAAAGCCUCUUU